AGCUUCUCUCCUAAAUACUCCAGUGAACUAAUCAAGACCCACCCUGAAUGGGCAGGGCCACACCUACAUGGAAAUAAUCUAAUCAAAAGUUUCACCCACAGUUGUGUGAGCCACAUCUGUGUGGAAACACUCCAUCAAAAGUUUCCACCUUAAUCAAAAGACUAAUAAAUCUGCCCCCACAAGAUUAUAUUAAAGAAUGUGGCUUUUGGGAACAUAAUAUAUCCAAACUGGCACAAGCGGUUACUGGAAGAAAUAGUCACUGAGGUAUUUCCUUGUCAUUCAGCUGUUAGGAGUCAUUUAAUGUGCAGCACACCUGAGCAGAAAUUAUACUUACUGGGGUACCAUUUUGCAAAGAUUGCUGCUUGUCUGGUCUGUACAUCCUAGGUAUGAAAAUCUUUUUCCAUAGUUCUAAAUUGACUUGAGACUCAUCAUCAAAUACUAUCACUCAUAUUUAUCUUUUAAAUUGCUAGGAGAUGUUAUUUUUGAUAAAUGUAUUAGUUGGUAUUAUAUAAACCAAUAUUAUGGAAUUAACUAUGUUUUGAUUAUGAAAGUAUUAGGCAGCCUCUAUCACUAAUUGUUAUCCUUUCCAACCAGCUUAAGGAAAUCUUUCAGUUACGGACCUGUUCAGAGCCAAUUUUAUCUUUUAUGUUGUUUGAAUCUGUACUGCUGAAUACAAACCAAAGUGGUCUGAGCUAGAAUGUUGGCUUCUUACUUCAGACCUAUUAUAUGGAUUGUUGGAAAUUCUGUUUCUUUCUCUAACUUUUCAAUGUUUGAAGUUAAGUACAAACUUUGAGUUCAUUUGUAUUGCUCUAGCUACCAUGACUCCCAAGAGCUAAAACAAAGCUAUGUGCAAUACUGGAACUUGAGAAGACUCAUGCUCUGAAAAUCUGUACUGGAUGGCAUUUUCUUUUCCUCAGGGAUGUGCAAGUGGGAUGUGUCUCCUGGUUUUUGGAAAGUAAAAGAAUACACUUCAGAUUGAGUGCAUCGUAAGAAGUUUCUCCACAUGAUAAAAUCACUAACCCCAUGUGUCAAACUAGUAGUCAUUCUUCCCUGAGUAUCAUAAACAGGGUUUUUACUGUUAACCCAUAUAAUGCCCAAAAAGUAUAGACUGGAUCUGGCCUUUUGAUUUUUAAUUUAAUGAAAAUUAGGCCAACAUUUCUAGAACAUUUAUUUGCAAAAGAGAAUCGGUCUCCGCGUCUCCCUCGCGAACUCAGUGAAAGGAAUUGGCGCCGUUUGACACCAGGCGGGUCCGCUCUGCAGCACGAACCCACCUCCAGCCGCAGCCGCAGCCGCCGCCCGGGCCGACGAGCAGCCGCAGCAGCCGCAGCAGCCGCCAUCAGUGGCCGUGUGAGCGGAGCCGAGUUUGAGCCAGCGCCUAGCAGUGAAUCGGGGCCCUCACGAUGAGUUCCUCGCCUGUUAAUGUAAAAAAGCUGAAGGUCUCGGAGCUGAAAGAGGAGCUCAAGAAGCGGCGCCUUUCUGACAAGGGCCUCAAGGCCGAACUCAUGGAGCGACUCCAGGCCGCGCUGGACGACGAGGAGGCCGGGGGCCGCCGCGCCAUGGAGCCCGGGAACGGCAGCCUAGACAUGGGCGGGGAUUCCGCCGGGCGCUCGGGAGCAGGCCUCAAGCAGGAGGCCGCGACCGCCGGCGAUGAGGAGGAAGAGAUCGCCGCCCUGGAUGGCGACCAGAUGGAGCUAGGAAAGGAGAAUGGGGCCGCGGGGGCGGCCGAUUCGGUCCCGAUGGAGGAGGAGGAGGCUGCUUCGGAAGACGAGAACGGCGACGGUCAGGGCUUCCAGGAAGGGGAAGAUGAGCUCGGAGACGAGGAGGAAGGAGCGGGAGACGAGAACGGGCACGGGGAGCAGCAGUCUCAACCGCCGGCAACGCCGCAGCAACAGCCCCAACAGCAGCGCGGGGCCGCCAAGGAGGCCGCGGGGAAGAGCAGCGGCCCCACCUCGCUGUUCGCGGUGACGGUGGCGCCGCCCGGGGCCAGGCAGGGCCAGCAGCAGGCGGGAGGAGACGGCAAAACGGAACAGAAAGGCGGAGACAAAAAGAGAGGUGUUAAAAGACCUCAAGAAGAUCAUGGCCGUGGACAUUUUGAGUACAUUGAAGAGAACAAGUAUAGCAGAGCCAAAUCUCCUCAGCCACCUGUCGAAGAAGAAGAUGAACAUUUCGAUGACACAGUGGUUUGUCUUGAUACUUAUAAUUGUGAUCUACAUUUUAAAAUAUCGAGAGAUCGUCUCAGUGCUUCUUCUCUAACCAUGGAGAGUUUUGCUUUUCUUUGGGCUGGAGGAAGGGCCUCUUAUGGUGUUUCCAAAGGCAAAGUCUGUUUUGAAAUGAAGGUUACAGAGAAGAUCCCAGUAAGGCAUUUGUAUACAAAAGAUAUUGACAUACAUGAAGUUCGGAUUGGUUGGUCCCUAACUACAAGUGGAAUGUUGCUUGGUGAAGAAGAAUUUUCUUAUGGAUAUUCUCUAAAAGGAAUAAAAACAUGCAACUGUGAGACUGAAGAUUAUGGAGAGAAGUUUGAUGAAAAUGAUGUGAUUACAUGUUUUGCUUACUUUGAAAGUGAUGAAGUAGAGCCCUCCUAUGCUAAGAAUGGACAAGAUCUUGGCAUUACCUUCAAAAUCACUAAGGAAGUUCUUGCUGGACGGCCACUCUUCCCGCAUGUUCUUUGUCACAACUGUGCAGUUGAAUUUAAUUUUGGUCAGAAGGAAAAGCCAUAUUUCCCAAUACCUGAAGAUUAUACUUUCAUCCAGAAUGUCCCUUUAGAGGAUCGAGUCAGAGGACCAAAGGGGCCUGAAGAAAAGAAAGAUUGUGAAGUUGUAAUGAUGAUUGGCUUGCCAGGAGCUGGAAAAACCACCUGGGUUACUAAACAUGCAGCAGAAAAUCCUGGUAAAUACAACAUUCUUGGCACAAAUACCAUUAUGGAUAAAAUGAUGGUGGCAGGAUUUAAGAAGCAAAUGGCAGAUACUGGAAAGCUGAACACGCUGUUGCAGAGAGCUCCCCAGUGUCUUGGAAAGUUCAUUGAGAUUGCUGCCCGUAAGAAGCGAAAUUUCAUUUUGGAUCAGACAAAUGUGUCUGCUGCUGCACAGAGGAGAAAAAUGUGCCUGUUUGCAGGCUUCCAGCGAAAGGCUGUUGUAGUUUGCCCAAAAGAUGAAGACUAUAAGCAGAGAACACAGAAGAAAGCAGAAGUAGAGGGAAAAGACCUUCCAGAACAUGCAGUUCUCAAAAUGAAAGGAAACUUUACGCUGCCAGAGGUAGCUGAGUGCUUUGAUGAAAUUACCUAUGUUGAACUGCAGAAGGAGGAGGCCCAGAAACUUUUGGAGCAAUAUAAGGAAGAAAGCAAAAAGGCUCUUCCCCCAGAAAAGAAACAGAACACUGGCUCAAAGAAGAGCAAUAAGAAUAAGAGUGGCAAGAACCAGUUCAACAGAGGUGGUGGCCAUAGAGGACGUGGAGGAUUCAAUAUGCGUGGUGGAAAUUUCAGAGGGGGAGCUCCUGGGAAUCGUGGUGGAUAUAAUAGGAGGGGCAAUAUGCCACAGAGAGGUGGUGGCGGUAGCGGAAGUGGUGGAAUUGGCUAUCCAUACCCUCGUGGCCCUGUUUUCCCCAGCCGAGGUGGCUAUUCAAAUAGAGGGAACUACAACAGAGGUGGGAUGCCCAACAGAGGGAACUACAACCAGAAUUUCAGAGGACGAGGCAACAAUCGUGGCUACAAAAAUCAAUCUCAGGGCUACAACCAGUGGCAGCAGGGUCAAUUCUGGGGUCAGAAGCCAUGGAGUCAGCAUUAUCACCAAGGAUAUUAUUGAAUACCCAAAUAAAACGAACUGAUAAAUAUUUCUCCAAAACCUUCACAAGAAGUCAACUGUUUUCUUUAGUAGGCUAACUUUUUAAACAUUCCACAAGAGGAAGUGCCUGCGGGUUCCUUUUUUAGAAGCUUUGUGGGUUGAUUUUUUUUUUUUUCUUUUCUUUUUUGUACAUUUUUAAUUGCAGUUUUAAAGUGAAUCGUAAGAGAACCUCAGCAUUGUGCACGAUAAGAGAAUGUGUCAGUAUUUCAGGGUUCUGCAUUUUAUCUGUAAAAUGUGACUUUUUUUUUUAUCACAACAAAAGUAAAAUGUUGCUUUGUACCUGGUGUCUUUUAUUAAGAAUUUACUCCCCCAUUUCUCACAGAGAAUAACAGUCGGGAGUCAUUGUCACAAUAUAAUAGAAAUGUUAGCAACCAGAUUCAUGUAAGGACUAAGUGGUCCUCAUGAAUUGCAUAAGACUCUGUACUGCUCAUAUUACACUCCAUCCUCUCUGUAGAUUGAUGAAUAGUGGAGGGAGGGGGUAAACUAAAUAGUCGUUUCUGACAAUAACUGGGAAGGUUUUUUGUCUUUAAAUAACAAUGGAAUUGGUUUUAUUGAGAAUGAAGAAAAAAUUUGGAUCCAAGAUACAGAAGAUGGAGUGUAUAUAGAAGGGCUGUUAAAAAUGUAAAACACGGUUGCAUUAUUUGUGGAGGCUCAAACUUGUGAAGGUUAAAUACCAUAAUUUUUCCAUUUGUUCUGCAUUUUGAUUCUGAAAAGAAAGCUGGCUUUGCCCAUUUCUUAUUAAAAAAACUUGUAAAUCCAGUUGUCUAAUGGGAUCUAUAUGAAGUUAGCUAUGUCUGUAUGCCCUUCUCCCACAAAAUACUGUAUAACUAGUGUGCUUGUAGUAGUUAACUCCAUCGUCUUUGUAAGCUAAUGAAAUUGUGAGUCACUCAUUUAUAUCUUAAUUUUUAAUCAUGUCAGUUCUUGAAUGGGUAUCUCCUUAGCCUGCUGAUUUCUUUUUCUUUCUAAAGAAAGUGGGUGGAGAAAUUAAUUUUGACGUUUGUUUGCAAUAAAAUGAAUUCAUUUUACUCUUGUUUUGGGAUUCUCGCCAUCAAGGUUCAAAAUCCCUAUAAAACUCCCAAGAGGAGAUUGUAAGUGUGUGCUUUCUGGACAGCUUAUUAUUCUCUGUAUUUGGAACAUUUAGGUUUUAAGAACGUAAAUGUAUAUUGACAACUGAUUUUGAUUAUGAAGUAAAGUUGAAUUCCUCCCUUCCCCUUCCUCCCCAGACAACUUUUAUCGUAUUUUAUGAGGGGAAAAGGUACUGGCUGGGAGAAGUUAACACUCAGUUUAUCAUCUUUACAAAAUGCUAAUGGCUGUCCUCAACUGAUUAUUUUAUAAAUAUAUAAAAUACCUGAAACUCUGGGAACAGAUGCUUUUAGAAGCCAUCAUGCAAGCCAGUCAUUGAUUUCACUACUACACAACACUGCUAACUUAACUCUAGCUAUGUGAUGACAUUAGAUCCCCGAAUUGUAAUUUAUUGGGUUUGUACAGAACACUUAAUCUUCUAAAGGACCCUCACGGAUGUGAAGUGAGGAAUCAGGAGUCAAACUGUAGAACUAAAAUUUGACUUCAUUCUAGUUUUUUGUUGGUACUUUUAGGUUGCUUUGGUAAAUUUAGGUUUGCUUAUGUUUCUAGUUACUUAGAUUUUUGUUUUAGCCAUUUUAAAUCCGAUUUUUAACUUGAAUUUUCAUACUCCUAGGAAUCUUACUACAAGCUGGAAUUAAGUUUUAUAUGAUGAUGAUGUAGGUUAGUUGAAAAGUUUCUGUAACAAAGGCUAAUCAUGUAACUUUAAAGACAGUACGAGGUAGUGUUUCAAAGGAUUUUGUCUUUUUAGACGUUUAUUUAUUGACAGCAAAUCACUGGCAUGAGCUACUUUUGUCAGAUUACAUUAUUGUUAAAAUUGCAUAGACCUAACCCAGAGAGUAUAACAUCCAAACUGUACACUGAUGCUAAUGUACAGAUGUCCUAAAAUUUAUAUUGGUACCUUUUUAAAAUUGUCAGUGUACUUUCUAGUUGCUUAUAAAGGACCAUACUCUAAUUGCAACAAGGAAGUAGUGGCCAAAUAACACUUACUUAGGUAGACCUACCAUGCUAUGUGCAGCCCCGUAAGUUUUGGGAGGAGAGAUCAAAAUGCUGUUCAGAAAAAAUGUUUGAAAAACAAUUUGAAACAUGGUCUCAACAUUAGAAUCAUAUUGUCUGUAGUUGUAUGAACAGAAAUAAUCUUAGGAAGUAUUUAGGAAAUUAAAAGAAUGCACCAAGUGAAGAAUAGCUAAGUUUAAAAAUGCCAAGUUCUGACAGAAUUAAGAUCUGUGAACAAGAAACUUGGUUUAUUCACCCAUCUCCAUGCCUGCCCCCCCCCCCACCAUGGCAAGCAAAAACAAAGCACCAGACUUAGUUCUGAACAAAUGUCCUGACUAUAUGCCCUGAAAAAUCUCAUGUUAAUAUUGCUGUUGGUUUUAGGGAUACUUCUGCAGAUAGUUAACUGAUAGUUAACUCAGUUUCUGAGUUUCCUAACAGAAAUUGAAUUGAUGGUCAGCUGCAGUAGUAUGAAAAUAGCAUGCAAAGGUCAAUCAAGAAAGAAAACUAAAAAUGCUGAAAGAUACAAAUGAUAAAUACGUUAGCUAACAUGUAUUCAGUUUUCUUUGUUGCUGACAGGCUAAUGUUCCUCACAUCCAGCCUUUGCUGAGGUCAGGGAGAAUUUAGAUUGAUGAAGCGCUCUGGCUCUGAGUUCUAGAAGGUAGUUUACCAGAUUUGGGCCGUAAUAACCAGACAGGAAGAUAAAAUCUUAAAAUAAGUAUGCAUCAAAUCAAUUCAACAUUGAUGAAAUGACACGAUGAAGUAAUACUAAAUCAUUUGCGUAGGAAAGAACCUAUCUGAAUACAAGGGGCUUGAAAGAUGUUCUUAAACACUAACAAGAUAUUAAAGCUUCUUAAAUCAAUUUCCUUUGAAAAAGUACUGAAAAUUAUUCCAGGAAAGGCAACUAGAAAUACUUUUAUUGUGUUCUCUACCCUCUGGGGAUAUUACUACAUUCAUGGGCAGUUGUGUUCUGUAUUCAAUAUUUGCUUUAAUUGUUGGGAAUUAAAUAGGUUUUGUUUUCUAAAA